UGCUUGGGUAGUUAGCCCGGGGGGAUGGGCACUGCUGGAAUUGACUGACGCAUAAUUGACUGUUAGAUUGUCAGAGAGACCAGGCGAUGCGGAUUUUCUUUACUCCUGACACCAUAUAGUUUUCAAGAGACGACUUUUACUCGACGAGUCCAUUUAUUCGACUAACCGAUACUGAAAAUGUUACACACCCAAGUUAUGAAACUGAUUUGCAUUACUCACACAUUCCACACGCAUACAUUCACGCGCUCGUUCCACAGUUGCCACGGAAGACCACUGACCGGAAAUGCGUGGCUUUGCCGAAACGUGCUUUGCACAGAAACGCGGAAACUUCAGCAAUGGCGGUAUGGUCGGUUAAUUUUCGCUUGCGAAGAUUAUUCCUUAAGCGACGUCUUCUCUUUUUAGUUUUGGUGGUACUACCUUUCAUAGGAUGUUUCAUAUUUUUCGUCGCUCCUGAUGUAAGAUUUUCUAUACCAGUGGUCGAGAAACCAAGCUCUGCAAAUGUUUCACACGACUGUAUUUGUGCAUCAACACGAACCACUGAGGAUAAUAUCGCCAAAGAAACAGAAGCGUCAACGCCCGAGCGAAAACUUGAGCGCGAUAUUUCGACGUCUUUCGGAAGUUUGAACGUUCACAUGUGGUCUGAAAUAUGCGGAAUGAGCGUCGAUACUUUAAGAAACUGGCCUCAUUUCCCUUACUUUCCAAGCCAACGUUCUUUUGUUUCGAAAUUUCGAAGAACUCAGCUUCCCAGUGUAGAUAGUGGAGAAAGGAUUUUUGGAUUUGUUCAUCCGCAGGUAAGCGGCAUGUACAAGUUUGCCAUCACAUCAGAUGAUACAUCAGAGUUGUGGCUGAGUAGAAAUGAAGAUCCCGCUUCAAGCGAGAUGAUCGCGCGGGUUUAUUCGCCUGAUGGAUCGGCUUGGACUGCAGAAGGAGACUACAAGAAAUAUCCUGAGCAAAUUUCUAAAGAAAUCCUUCUUCACGCCGGCAAGAAAUAUUACAUCGAGUCAUUGAGUAAGCAAGGUGCUGGCGCCGCUCAUGUUGCUGUAUAUUGGUCUUACAGAAAUACAUCGUUUGAAAUUAUUUCUUCGAGGUACUUGUCAAAUUUUUCUGCCAAUAGCAAUCACGAAACAAUUCCCCCACACGCAGGCAGACAAAACAUUACUUCAUUUCAGAGCAAGAGCACUUUAUACUAUUUUUAUCGGCUUCCACUCUUUAACAAGAAAGACUACAUUAACUCUAUUCCGAGUUGUACGUACAGCCCUAGCUUUCUGGUGCGAAGGAAACUCAGUAAGUAUGAAGCUGCCUGGAACUGGAUGGCAAACGAGUCGCAUGUAUUUCCACAAGACGACACGGACAUGAUGAAAAGCGACUUUAGACCGUACUGGACGAAACCAAAUGCACUUGCUGAUAACAACAGAAUUAAGUCCGUUGUAGACAAAUUUGUUAUCUCCCUGCGGUCUAGGAAAUAUUCUUUGAAAAAAAUUCACAAAGUGAUUCACAAGCCAGACCCCAAGAAUGGCGACCGUUUCUUGUUGAACCUCGAACUUGGCUUAGACAACACCGAUCAAUCAUUUCGACUGUCAGAGCAUGUGUAUCAGAAGAAAGGAAAUGACACCUUGUGCCUUCCUGAAGGAAUCAACUGGAAUAACAACGCUACAGUGUACUUCAUUCUCCCUGUUAAGGAACAAGGAAACUGGGUGCAUCAUUUUAUUAAUCAGCUGACUGAUGCCAGCUUAUUAACCGGUGAUACGAACUUUCACGUCAUAGUUGUUGAUUUUGAAAGUAAAGAUAUUGAUAUGGGCAAGGCGUUUAACACAUCUCUUCUCAGCAGUAGACAUACUAUUGUUUCAUUAACGGGUAGAUUCUUCAAGACUCUCGCUCUAAACAAGGCCGUUGAACAAGUUCCCAAUGCGCAUGACAUAGUUUUCCUGUUUGAUCUGCAUAUUGAUGUACCCCCGGAGAUAAUGGACAGUGUGCGAAUGAACACCAUUGUAGGUCGAAUGGCGUAUUUUCCUGUAGUUGGUCGUCUGGACUGUGAAAGUUCUUCCACCCUGCAUCGGGGUUUUUGGCAAGUGAAUGGCUAUGGAAUUAUGGCUGUUUAUAAAUCAGACUGGGACAGAUUUGGUGGAAUGAAUACGAAGGACUUCCAAUACAAUUGGGGCGGGGAGGACUGGGAUCUACUAGACCGUGUGAUGAUGUUACCGAUGGAAGUGGAACGAAUCAAACAUCCGGGUCUUUAUCAUCAUUAUCAUGCCAAACAAAGAAAGUGGAAUUAGAGUGUGAUAAUCCUGGAUUCUGUAGUAAAGUUGACAGCGUUUCUGUAAGUUCGAUUUUACUGCGCGGAUUUGGAGCCACACACCCUAGAUUGCAGAGUCUUUGCAGAUUCUAAUUUUGGCCCAGUUUGGCAUGUAACGUGCACUCAAUAACACGAGAACUUUACAGUUCAAAAGCCAAGGAAACUAUAGCUAGCCACUGUGUGUCACACUGCCUUCAAUCGUGAUUACUACUACAUUCAGCCAACGAACAUUGAAAAACGGGAAACAGGCAUGGUCCAACGGAGCAUUGGGGAAUGGAAUUGGGUCGAGAAUGCCUUCUAGUCGAAAUGCCUUUAAAAUUUCGAUUCUAAAUGACACAUUUAGAUACUAAACUAAUUCAACGUUUGUUUAAGUAUUUUGUCUUGAAGUUUUUAUAUGUAACUGUUUUUACAUCUAAUUAAAAACCCUUAUCUAAUCAUAAUGCUUUGCUUUCACAGAAAGCGGUAAAACAAUUUUAAUCACAUAGAACAAUGGCAACAUGAGCAGCACAAAGACACUGGGGAUAGUAAACUUGCAUGUUUUAAAUAGUUUAUCCGCAAAAACAUUAUUCUAAUCAGUCAAAAGGUUUAUCAAAGAACUAUUUGAAUUUACUGAAUGUUAAAAGAGGGAAGAUAAUGUUAGAAAUGUAAGAAAAACUGGGAUGUUUUCGUAACACUUUCUUUGCAGUAAGUUUGGCUGGGAGCAUAAAUUGUGAAUUAUCAAAAGCCAGCGGCAAAAAAGUUCUAAGAUACGUUUUAACGACUUAUCUGAAGUGCACGUCUGCUGUUUGUCUGAAAAUUCCUACCACAGAUUAACGAACACUCGACUCAGAUGUUUGUUCUUUCAGUACAACAAACUUUUCAGAAUCAAUAGUUUUUUUGUGUGUUUAAUUAAUUACUUAUUUAAUUAAUUACUUAUCCUGCCCGUUCGGGACUACCCGACGUGUCCCGCAAGAAAGAUCUCCCCGAAAGCCAUUUAAUAAAUCCGUUAUUGAUCAAGCU